GCCUCAGACCUUACCAAGGAGACGAUGAAGUCCUUGCAAUAUCAGUGGAUGAUGGAUCAAUGAUACUCCAUAGUAGAGUUUAUGCUACUCAGUGUUUCACCUCAACUGGAACAGAAACAAUUGGAGAAAGCUACAUGAUGGAUAUGCAAGGUUCACCUUUCACCUUCUCAGCUACCAGAAACAAGUUUAUAGCAAUUGGAUGCGACACCAUUGCACAAAUGAGUGACCCUCUAUAUGACAAUUUCAUGAGUGGGUGCACCUCCAAGUGUGGUGAUAUGGGGAAUGUGAGGAAUGGGUCUUGCUCUGGAAUUGGUUGUUGCGAGACUUCAAUCCCUUUCAACCUCAAAUUUUUCAUGCUGACCCUUGGGAGUAUGGCUAACCACACAGAGAAUUGGGAGUCCAAUCCUUGCAGCUACGCUUUCUUGGCUGAUCAAGACUGGUUCACUUUCAAAUAUUCUGAUCUCUCGGCUGGUAGCUUUGUCAAUUCAACUAUUCCGUUAGUUAUGGAUUGGGUGAUUGGGAAUCAAUCUUGCGAAGUAGCAGUUCGAGACACACAUUCUUAUGCUUGUGGUCCAAAUAGCAAUUGCUCUAAUUCCAUUAAUGGUGCUGGCUAUCAAUGUUUCUGCAAAGAUGGUUUUGAAGGGAACCCUUAUGUCCCUCAAGGAUGCCAAGAUAUUAACGAAUGUGAGAAGGGAUACAAUAAUUCUUGCUAUGAGAGUGCUAUUUGCACCAACACUUAUGGGAGUUACAACUGCUCUUGUCCACAUGGUUACAAUGGCGAUGGCCAGGUAAAUGGGACACACUGUACCCGUGAUCCGAAAUCUACUCCAUUGAUGAGCAUUAUUGUAGGUACUGGUCUAAGCAUUAUAUUUCUACUUGUCUGCAUUUAUUUUUUCUAUUGGGGAAUCAAGAGAAGAAGAGAUAUCAAACUCAGAGAAAAAUUCUUUCAACAAAAUGGAGGCUUGCUAUUGCAACAACAAAUAGCUUCAAAUCAAGGUGUUGCUGAAAUUGCCAAGAUUUUUACCAUAAAAGAGCUAAAAAUGGCAACCAACAACUUCCAUGAGAGUAGAAUACUUGGCAAAGGAGGGCAUGGUACAGUUUACCAAGGAAUAUUAUCUGAUGGCAAAGUAGUGGCAACCAAGAUAUCCAAUAUAAUGGAUGAAGGGCAGAUUAUAGAGUUCAUAAAUGAGGUGGAUAUACUUUCUCAAAUCAAUCAUAGAAAUGUGGUAAGACUCUUAGGAUGUUGUUUAGAAACAGAGGUUCCAAUGUUAGUCUACGAGUUCAUCUCCAAUGGAACCCUCUUCGAACGUAUCCAUGAUAGAAAUGCAGCUUAUAUUUCAUGGGGUACCCGUUUAAGAGUUGCCACUGAAACAGCUGGAGCACUAGCUUAUUUGCAUUCUGCUCAUUCAACACCCAUCCUUCAUAGGGAUAUCAAGUCUGCCAAUAUACUACUAGAUGAUGAUUUCACCGCGAAAAUAGCUGAUUUCGGGGCUUCAAGAUUGGUUCCUUUGGAGCAAACUCAAAUGACAACAUUAGUACAAGGGACAUUAGGGUAUUUAGACCCAGAAUGUUUACAUACAGGUCUACUGACUGAGAAAAGCGAUGUUUAUAGCUUUGGUGUUGUUCUUGCUGAGCUCUUAACUGGGAAAAUGUCACUUAUACUUGAAGGAUCUGGGGAACGUAAAGCCCUAGCAAUGUACUUUGUUUCUUCAAUGGAGAACAAUAACCUUCUUCAAAUUCUUGAUGUUCGGAUAGUAAGUGAGAGAAAUAGAGAGGAACUUUUGGUGGUUGCUGAGCUUGCAAGAAUAUGCCUAAAUGUUAAAGGGAAAGAUAGGCCAACAAUGAAAGAAGUUGCAAUAGAGCUCGAGCGCACAUGGUCCCAACAUAAAUCUGAUGAGCCAUCGACAAGUUUUAAUAUCAAUGCAACAGCUCAAGAGAAUUUGAGGGACAGUUCUACUAUCAAUGCAAGUUGUCAAGAGAGCUUGGGGGCCAGUGGUUUCCUAUCAUUGCAAAUUGGUCGUUGA